CGGAUCUUGCGUCCACAAAUGUUUUGCCCUGUGCGACUUUGUGGGCGAUCUCGCUAAUGCCAUGCGGACACGGCUGUGAAACCGAAAUUAAAAACGGCACUCAAAUGGUGCAAGGACGAGAGAGUGACGGUCAAAUAAGGGUCAAAAUGCAAUAAAGUAGAGAGAGCAGAAUUACUUACAUGGAGAUGGAACGUAUUAAUGAUGGCGAACGGUGAAAAUUUCAAUUUGUGCGCGUUCCGCGGGUACGCGAUUACAUAAGAAGAUCUAAAAUUUUCUGCCCAGAUGAGACACCAAAUCAAAAAUCAGAACACUUGAACAUUUCUCAGCAGGUCAAAGGACUAGGACAUUCGUUGGUUUGCUUGUCUGUUCAAUUUUUACAAAGCAAGGCUGGCAGUACGUCUAAAUUCACGCAAGAGUUCUUGUUGUCGCUCUUGUACAACUACUGUAACUAGCAACCCGUCAUUACGCGACAUUUUGUUCAACUACAGCGCAAAAAAUCAACAUGGCGAGUCCUUCGGGUACCGGUGGUGGCACUGGUACCCCCAGUAGCACUUCCUCUUCCGCCAACGGCGCGAAAUCCAAGAUGGCGUUAAAACAGGGGCGGGAGCAGGAGCAGAACCAGAGCGACCGUCCAGAACCCCCGCCGUCCUCGGCAUCCUCCUCCACAGCCUCCACGCCGAGCAGGAGCAAAGAGACCUCGGGCGUCAAAUCUUCGUGGUGCCCCCCGCGGUUCAGCUCGGUGUCCGACAAUGAGGUGGAGGGCAACAUCUACAUGCACAACCCAAAGGCCCUGCCAAUACGGAUGAUCAACUGGUACCAGGUGUUUCAGACGCACUAUUUGUCCCACAUCUACAUCGCGGUCAUCGCGUUUCUCAUCUACUUCGCGCCCAAUGAGCUCUUCUUCGUCAGCGAGCUGGGGUACAAAGCCGUGGAAACCUUUGGAUGGGUAUAAAAUAAAUAGAAAUCUUCAAAAUUUGGUUUCAGAUAGUCAACAUCUGGAUUUUUUUUCCCACUCGGAUUCUCAAUGUAGUUCGUUGUGAUUUAGAAUUUUCCAUGAAUGUAGUAAUGAUGCGCAACAGAAGAUCAUGCAGAUGCACCAAAGAAGUAUGUUGGUGCUCUCGCGAACCAACGAUUGUGCACUCUCGUGGGUUGUCAAACGGCCACUUUUUCUGUACUCAAUUGAUCUUUAGUACAUUCAUGAAUGUAAAUGUUGCUGUCAAAAUAAAAAUCCACAGUCCCGCGUCGUUUUGGUCGUCCUGCUGCCCUUGAUCCUCUACCGUUCUUCUUCGUGGGGCCCACAUUGGCGCAGCAGUGUCUAUUUGAUCGACUUCGAGUGUGCGGCACCCCCCGAGGAUUGGCGCAUGACGGUGGAGCAGACGAAGAAGAUGCUGGAGAACCAGAGAAGUUUUACAGACGAGUCAAAAGAGUUCCAGCACCGGAUUCUGAAUACCUCCGGUAUCGGCGACGGUACCGCCUGGCCGCCCUGCAUCUUGAAUUCCCUCGGCGGGAAAUCUGUCGCGACGAGCCGCAGCGACAGUAAAACUUCCGCCUCCUCCGGUGGGUCACUGUACGAGUACGCGAGUACGAUGCAAGACGCGAGGGAUGAAACCGAGACCAUCGUGUUCGACAUGGUGGAACGACUCCUCGCGAGGACAAAAACAAAAGCGAAAAACAUCGACUUUCUCGUCGUCAAUUGCUCGCUCUUCUGCCCGACACCGUCGAUCUGCGCCAUGAUUGCGAACAAGUUCAAAAUGAAGGAGGACAUCAACAGCUUCAAUCUGGGCGGCAUGGGCUGCUCCGCCGGGGUCAUCAGCAUCGACUUGGCGAAGCAGCUGAUACAAAACAAACCUGGGGCAACGGCGCUGGUGGUCAGCACCGAAAACCUGUCACAGAAUCUGUACGUUGAUAUAGAUCUACACGUCUUGUUUGACUACUAGUAUACUUAUGUUCUUGUUCAACAACACAGAGGGUCAAGUUCAAGAUCCAGCUCCAUGAUGACUGUUCUUUUUCAGUUGUCACUCUCACUUUCACCAGGACAUUGCCGCAAACCUAAUAUCAUGAUACAACUCAUCAAAGGCAAAACAAUAAAAAAAAACAGUUACACGGGUAACGAUCGUUCGAUGAUGAUGCAGAACACGCUUUUCCGUUGCGGUGGCGCCGCGGUUCUGCUUUCGAGCAACAGCUACAACUACAACACGAAGCGAUUUGCAAAGUACAAACUCCUUCACAGCGGCCGCACCUUCAUGACGGACGACGAAAGUUUCAAAUGUGUCUACCAGGAGGAAGACAAUCUGCCGAGUAAAGUUGCAAGCUGUAUUGCUAGUACAACAAGAACAGAAGGUGAAGGAACAAAAGCAGAAAUAUCCAAAGCACAGUCAGCGACAAAUAACAAUAUAAAACCCGCAGCCGCGGCGCCGUCAGGGGAUCUGAAGGGCGUCCGUCUGCAGCGAAACAUCGUGACCGUCGCUGGGCGCGCACUGACGAAGCAAUUCACGCAGCUCGGCCCGAACAUCUUGCCGGUCAGCGAGCAGGCGAAGACGAUCGGCACCAUGGUCGCGGACUACCUGUGCAAGAAUUUUUUGCACAUUUUGUCCCCCAAACACUUCCCGCCGCGGGUAAAGAUCUACACGCCGAACUUCAAGAAGUGCAUCGACCACUUUUGCAUCCACGCGGGCGGCCGGGCGGUCAUCGAGGGCGUGCAGAAGAACCUGAAGCUAACGGAUCGGGACGUCGAGCCGUCCUUCAUGACGCUGAAGAAGUGGGGCAACACGAGCAGCUAUCAAAUGUAAAAAUGUCUGGGUCUGGAAGAAUGCGCGAUUUGUCAUGCAGCUUUUCCAUGACCCAUGAAGCCUGGAAUGCAGGAUCUAGCAUGACAGAUUCUGCGCGAUCUCUCUCAUGCCUAUCCUGCAUGACAAACUCCCUCCCGACUUGGCCAAAACUGGACCACAUUUGGUAAUCAUGCAGCACAGAUUUUUGCAUGCUUCAGAUUUAGCAUGACAAGUUGCAUUCUUCCAGACCCAGACAUUUUUACAUUUGAUAGCAGCUCCUCCAUCUGGUACGAGCUGCAGUUCAUCGAGGACUCGAAGCGCAUAAAACACGGCCACCAGGUUCUGCAGAUCGCCUUCGGCUCCGGGUUCAAGUGCAACUCCGCGGUCUGGCUCAGACUGUAGUGGGUCGCUCGUCUGUACGAAAAAUAACCUCGAGUCGUUGCUGGAACAGGUAGUACCAGUUUCUUGGCUAUACGAGGUAGCUGCCUUAUUUCAUCAUUGAAAUUUUGUUUUUUCUUUUCAGGACGAGAUAGUGGACAACGAAUCUCCUCGCUGCUAAAGUACAAAGGCCAUGAUUCGUGAAGUGUAAUCAAAGGACAAUUGUGUGACACGUAGUGGUAAAAAAAUCACUCGGACUAGUUGGUCGCUUGGCGUCGAAGAACAUCAUCCUGAUCCUUUUGUCCGAGCAUGAUAGAUAACUGUAACUGAAUGUUGUGCAGAAGCAGAGUAUAUUAAUGCAUUCGAAGUCACACUGGUAGUACUGUUACUAUAGAAGACAAAAGCAUCUCGCUUUGCCAACUAGCAGUGCACAGUGAAACAAACAAGUGUGAUGAUCUUUUUUUGCGAAACCAAAACGGAAUGAUAGCGCAGACCGCACAACUUCUUCUCGUGAUAACUAUAAACCUUUUUUUGCCGGAAACAAUACAGUCAAAAGCACCAAAGCCAACUACAACAGUAUUUCCAUACUUGACUCUACGACGAAACAAAUUAUGCCGAGCCUUAGAAACCAAAGCAGCUUUUUUGAGCGCAAAGGAAUGAAGCGAGUCUACCACCCGCCAUGAUGAAAGCUUCAUAUCCAGUACAUUUUUUUCUUGCCUUUGAUUUCGCGUUAGCGCGUGACUGACGACUUCUAGACACAACUUCGUUCCCGCCACAACCCCGAUACUGAUUGGAACCAAAGGACAUCUCCCCCCUGCCCCUUUUGAAACGCCUACGUUCUUUCCAUGCCCCCCCCCUGCCCUGCGCAUUGAAUGAACAACUUUGGCUUCUUUUGAAGAGUCGCAAAGAACUCUGUUUUAACAUCGCAAAAUGUGGAAGUAGCGCCGUAAAUCAUUGAUGACCUCUAAUCCUAAUGGAAUGCGGUACCACCAGAU